GAAGUUUUGCUGUAAAUCGAUACUAAAUACCGGAUAUUUAAAAGGUGAUGUUGGGGAGGAUCCAUAAGUGUCAGACCUCCACAUCGCGAACUAAAGCAGUCUCGUCCUCUUUGAGUGUUAAACCUCUUUCGUGAAUGCGCACUGUGAUGAAAACAGAAGAGCAUGUUCUCCCUAAAAGGAUUUACCAUCUACCAGCUGUGUCUUGUGUCUGUUGUCCUCGUCCUUUUCCAUGGAAUGCCAUCUUCUUCCAGCCUUUCCAGAAGAACUUCGGAGCUGAUGUCAAAAUAUCCACUGAUAGAUGGCCAUAAUGACCUUGCUCUGCGCCUCAGGAUGCAGAAAAACAGCUUGAGCCAACUUAAUUUGUACAACUACACCAAAACGGCAACCAAUAUUAACAGACUUAGAGCUGCUCAUGUUGGAGGACAGAUGUUUGCGGCGUAUGUGAUGUGUACGGCUCAGGACAUGGAUGCGGUCAGGCUGACCCUGGAACAGAUUGAUUUGAUACGGCGUAUGUGUGACCAGUACCCAGAGCUGGAGCUGGCUACCACAGCAGAAGAUAUGAGGAACACAAAGAAGAUAGCCUGUCUGAUCAGCAUAGAAGGAGGCCAUUCAAUUGACAGCAGUCUCGCAGCAUUGCGCAUGUUCUACCUACUCGGAGUGCGAUCAAUGUCCCUCACACACAACUGCAACACACCUUGGGCAGAGACCUCUUCUGUUUUUUACUCCUACUAUAAGAGAGAGAUCAGCGGCUUGACAGACUUCGGUAAGGCAGUGGUGGAUGAGAUGAACAGACUGGGGAUGCUGAUUGAUCUGUCUCAUACUUCAUUGGCUACAGCACGUGCAGUGUUGCAACGUUCCAGAGCUCCUGUCAUUUUCAGCCACUCCUCCUCCUACACCAUCUGCAACCACAGCCGCAACGUUCCCGAUGACGUACUUCUGAUGCUGAAAAAGAAUGGAGGGCUCAUCAUGGUGAACUUCCACAAUGGUUUCAUAGCAUGUGGAGGACAAGCAAACGUCUCCACUGUUGCCAACCAUUUUGACCAUUUAAAGCAUGUAGUAGGAGCGGAACACAUUGGCAUUGGAAGCGACUAUGAUGGGGCCACUGGAUUUCCUGAAGGGCUGGAGGAUGUGUCUAAGUACCCUGCUCUGAUAGGUGAAUUGCUGUCAAGGAGCUGGAGUGAGGCAGAGUUGGCGGGCGUGCUGAGGCUCAACUUCCUCAGGGUGUUUGAUAGUGUAGAGAAGGUACGUGAUGUUCUACACGACACUGCCCCCGGUGAAGUUCAGAUACCCUUUGCAGAAGCCAAUAACUCCUGUCGUUUGGAGCUGAAGCCUCCAGUCAUCCCCCAAAUCAGGAAUGAUUUCAGUGUGCAUGGAGAUUCUCCUUUACUGUCAUUCCCACUGUUGUCCCACAAAGACAACAGUGCUUAUUGA